CAACGUUAUUACCGCUAACCGGAGAAGGAUUCUUUUCUCACGUGGUGGUUAGAAGAUAAAAGGAUUUGAAGUCCGUUCGAGGGAAUCUAAAGGAAUGGAAAUAGCCCGAAGACCAAGUGCCUCGAAGUCAGUGGGAGCUAUCGUUUUAUUUUUCCUUUAGGGGCCACGAUCAUUACACGUUUAUUUACUGUGUAUUUUGAAUGCAUGUGAAUGUAUGUUUAACGCUAGUAAAUUGACACAUGCGCGACAUGUGUCGUAGGUGAGAUCGUAAUAUUUAAAACCCCUCGAAAUAUUAAGUCUGUAUUGCCUUCCGGCGCCCGGCACAUUUCCGGCUAAUGUGCACUGUCACGUACUCAGCCCUAGCAGAGCGUAGUACGAUGUAUGUUAUGCUGGUCACGGGAAUCACUAAAGUGGUCAUUGUCAGACGUUGGAAGAACCUCCGAAUCAAUCUUGACUAUGAGAGGAAACUCUACAUCCUCGAAACGGAUCCUCCCAAGACCCCUGAGGCAAAUGCUCCUGUGUCCGAACUCACUUCCUUCAAGAAGUAUGAGGACGACGCGCGAGAUGUUAAGUGUAUCAUUAUGGCCAGUAUGACCGCGGAGCUCCAAAGGCUCCACGCGGACAUGGAAGUGCGUCCUAUGAUACAACGCUUGAGAGAACUUUACCAGAAUCUGCAUGAAGUUAGACAUUUGGCUGAGGGAGAAGUCCAGCUUAAGGUCGAAAAUGGAGCACAUGUCAAUGCGCUGGCUAUAGGAACUUAUGUUCUAUCUCUCCCUAGUGGCUUGUUGUUGCAUUUAAACAAUUGUUUGUUUGUACCUGCCAUUAGCAGGAAUAUCAUUUCUGUGUCCUGUCUUGACAAAGCAGGAUUUUCUAUUAACAUCAAAGACAAGUGCCUUUUGGUUUUUUCAGAAAUGAUAUUUACUAUGCAAUUGCUAAGAUGACCAAUGGUCUUUAUAUCUUAGACUUAGACGCCACUGUUUAUAACGUAGAUGUUAAGAGAAGCAAACCAAAUAGUUUGAAUCUCACAUACCUUUGGCAUUGUCGUUUGGGCCACAUUAACGAGAAACGCAUAUCUAAGUUACGAC